UUACAGUGCACCAUUAUAAUAUACCUAUCUAUUCUGGGACUUCUGCUGCUGUAUAUGGUCUAUCUGACACUGUUGGAGCCUAUAUUGAAAAGAAGGCUGUUUGGCCAUUCACAGCUCAUUCAGAGCGAUGAUGAUGUUGGGGACCAGCAGCCGUUUGCCAACGCCCAUGAUGUGCUUUCCCGCUCUCGCUCUCGCUCCAACAUGCUGAACAAAGUGGAGCACGCUCAGCAGCGCUGGAGGAGACAGGUCCAGGAACAGCGGAAGUCUGUCUUCGACCGCCACGUUGUUCUCAGCUAAAAGCUUUUACAGUCUGGACACUUAUCAUGUGGGUUCUGGGAGUGUGCUAAAUGCUGGCUUUUCUCCAUAAAGUCACAUCUCAUCGGUCAGCAGCCCUCAGUGUAUACAUCUCUUUUUGGUGUGUCGUCUUGACCAACGUGUGAGACCCUGUGUAUUAUUAGAGUCUUAUGCUUACGAUACAGACGGUUUGCAUUAAUUAUCACUGUGUUCUUGCAUUUUAAAAUCACACAUUCUGAAAUUAGCAGAAAAAAAGAAGAAGAAAUGUUUACUUCUGCAGUCCAGUCACACUGAAUUUGAUGUGGGGAUAAGAAGUGCCAAUUUCCUCAUAAAAUUAGGUCAUAAGUUUAUUCUCGAAAUCAUUUUAUAAAUAUAAAAAUCAGAAUUGUUACUGAACCCAAAAAAAAUGCUAAUUUCCAGUCGUGUAGUUUCUUGUACAGUGUAAAAUUCCUCUCUAUUCUUUUCUUACUCUUCUCUUACUUGCCUUUCAGUACUUUGCGGUUUGCCAGCUAUUUUGUGUAAAUAAUCAGUGAAUGUGUGUUCGUCAUUGUCCUCCUGUUUAUCGACUAACUUAUCAGUUCUUCUAUUUGUGUAGGUUCACUUUCCAGAUUAAUGCUGUUGCACUUUUUCUUCUCCAGUUCCUCGCUCUUGAAGGACAGUAUUUUUCAAGGUACAUUCUUUGAAGAUGUCAGAAUUAUUUACGUUUGUGUGUGUAUAUAAUAAUAAUUAAAAUGUUCAGGUACAUUAUAUACAUUUUAUUACCUCCUGAUUUCCAUUACAGAACUGUUAAUAUGUGA